AUGCCUCUUUUCUCAUUCGGCUCCAACGGAUCUGGUCAACUAGGAAUCGGCCACGUCGAAGAUGUCUCGAUUCCCACACAAUGCCUCUUUGACGAAGAGGGGUCAUCAACCAGCUCCUCAUCGCCUAUACAUGACCAGAAACGAACUGAGACCGGUAUCCUGCGCAUUGUCGCAGGUGGCAAUCACACUCUAGUUCUGUUCUCCGAUGGAGCGGUUUACGCGGCCGGGUGCAACGAUGACGGGAGAUGUGGCCAAUAUCCCUCCACCGACCCACUGCUCAGGUUCCGCCGGGUGAUUGUGGACGAUGCGGCCACGGGGCAAUCAUAUGAUGCGUUCAAGGGCAUCUCGGCGACGUGGGAAGCCAGCUUUCUCGUCCCAUCAGGCGGCGGAGGCGGCGUAGAUGGGGACCACGGCGAUGAUGUCGUCUUCGUGCUGGGAUCUGGCGCGAAAGGGGAAUUGGGACUCGGGGAGGGGUGUGCACGGGCCGAGACGGCCACGAGGAUCCCGGAUUUCCCGCCCGCGGGAACCCAAAUCAAUGCGGUUGCGAGCGGCAUGGGACAUACGGUUACCGUGCUGUCGAAUGGAGAGGUGUAUGGGUGGGGAGGGGCGAGGAAAGGUCAGCUGGGGGAGGGGGCCGUCGCAUCGAAGAUCGCGUGGGAGCCGGUCAAGAUCGAUAAUCUGUCUUUCUCGGCGACGGGUGCUGCGGCUUGUGGUCGCGAGUUUACGGUGGUGACGGGGGACCGCGCCGCGGGGCAAUUUGCAGUGCUGGGGUCGUCUGGGGAUAAGUGGAAUAUUCUAUCUGGGGUCCCCGCGUCGGGCGCUGUGGAAGGGUAUCGUGGCAUUUUUGCUAGUUGGCAUGGGAUCUAUGUACAUCGGAAAGACUCCUCGGUUGUCUGCUGGGGCCGGAAUGAUCGCGGCCAGCUUCCGCCGGUCGAUUUACCCGCGUCAAGGGACAUCGCUGUUGGAAGUGAACAUGCCCUGGCGCUCCUCGAUGAUCAGAGCGUCGUGGCAUUUGGGUGGGGAGAGCAUGGCAACUGUGGUCCGGAUACCGAUGCACAGGGAAAUGUCAAGGGGGAGUAUAAACGAAUCCCUCUGUCGGUUGAGGACGGUUCCGCAGUUGUUGGGAUUGGUGCGGGUUGUGCCACUAGCUGGGUCAUUACGGGCAGGUGA